GAUCCUUCCUAUAUAAAGGGCGACCUGAGCUGCUGUCAUGCACGCCAGAAGAAAUUGGUGGGCUGAUCGCCCGGUGGUGACAGAGCCUCAUCCUUACAUGAUACUUGUGAAGCGUCGCUUUAUCAGCACUGCAAGCUUUCGACCACAGCCACGCUUCCACCAAACUCAAGACAAGACAAGAAAGAAAGAAAAAUCCACCAACACGUUUGCCCAGAGAGCAAAGAAAAAGAAGCAUUGGAAGAUUCCGUUUUUUAUUUUUUACUGAAAGAUAGAGCACCGGUAAUUUUAGAGCCAUGCCUCUGAGGACAGGACUUUUUCUGCUUGUUGUGCUGGUUGCAUCGGCAUAUGAACUGGAUCAGAAUGAAUCCUAUUCUCCCCGGAGAACGCGUUUCUCAGCAAACAGCCCUUCCGAUGUUGCCCGCUGCCUGAACAGUGCCCUCCAGGUGGGCUGCGGUGCCUUCGCCUGCCUGGAGAACUCCACGUGUGACACGGACGGCAUGCACGACAUCUGCAAGUCCUUCCUCUACAGUGCGGCCAAGUUCGACACUCAGGGCAAGGCCUUCGUGAAGGAGAGCCUAAAGUGCAUAGCCAAUGGCAUCACAUCGAAGGUCUUCCUGACGGCGCGGCGCUGCUCCGUGUUCCAACGCAUGAUCUCGGAGGUGCAGGAGGAGUGCUACAGCAAGCUGGACAUCUGCACCGUGGCACGCUCCAACCCAGACGCCAUCGCUGAGGUGGCACAGCUGCCCAGCCACUUCCCCAACAGGUUUUACGGGAAGCUGCUCCAGAGCCUGAUGGAGUGUGACGAGGACACGGUGGACCAGCUGAGGUCCAGCCUGGUGUCCCGCCUGGGGCCCGAGAUCGCCCUGCUGUUCCAGCUUCUGCAGAGCAAGAGGUGCCCGUCCGGCUCGUCCGACCAGGCGUUAGUAGCGCCCUCUGGUGGACUGGAGGCACAUGGCGGCGGCGGCGGCGGUGGUGGUGGUGGCGGGCCGUGGCGGUGGGCUGUGGGGGCUCCCGUGUACAAGAGCCAGCCCAGCCUUCGCAACAGGGACGCUGCUAGUCUGUUUGGGAAGAAGCACAGCAGUGGAGACAGCUCCUAAUCACACAGACUAAUGAGGAAAGUAAAAAAGAGCCAACCAUGUACUACACACAAACGCACAC